CACAAGUGGAAUGUGCACUUCCCACUCGCUGUAACUGUAACAAUCAGCCAGAGGAAGCACUACAAAACACAGAUAUUGCAGCAAUGUUCUGCUCAGUUGUGAAGAAGAAUGAAGUAAGAGGCGGAUCUCUGUUGUCUCUGUUUACUGGGAGGAAACCGCUGCCAUCACCGGAACAAAAUGAUUCUCUUCCAACUCAAACAGGGAUUAUGAGCAGCCCCUCUUACAGUACCGGCAACAGAAGGAGACUUCAGAAAGAGAAUGUAAGCUCAGCUUCAGGCUCACCUACAUUUUCUCGUAUAAUCUGUUCCAGUUCUGUGGACACACAUGGAUACUGGCUAAUACUAUGGCCAGGUUUCUCACAUUUGGUCAAGAUGCCUUAGCAGACACAUUUUACUCUGUUGGCUUUGUGAUGAGUCUGUGCCAGCUGCUCUCCAUCCUGGAGCUUUUCCAUAUCGCAGAUGGGAUUGAGAAAGCCAGACUCCUGCCUCGCUUCGUCCAAGUUAUGGAGAAGAACCUCCUGCUGACCAUGGUCAUCAUGCUGGAGGAGAUCCAGAGUAAACCAGUGGUGUGUGCACAGUUCUUCUUGUGGAACAUUCUGGACCUCCUACGGUACCCACAUGAGCUGCUGUGUGUUUUGGAUACCCCCUCCACCACCAUGCUGUGGACUCGCUACACACUCUGGAUCCCCUUAUACAUCCUGUCAGUGGCCACUGAAGGUGUCACCAUAUACCAGGCCCUGCCUUAUGUUGAGCCAACAGCACCAAACUCAUCCCCUUUGAAUUCAACAGUGCCAGCACACGUUUACCUUCCCGUCAUCCUAAUGCUCUACCUGCCUGUUCUGGCUCUGGGGGCCUCUGUAACAGUCUGGCAACUGCUGAAGGAGAGACAGCACCACCUGGAGAAAUGGAACAAGAAGAUGAAAAAGAAAUGACACCUUCAGACUGAAUGUUUGGAUGGUUUAAGUUUUUUUUUUUUUUUAAAAGACAACAGGGACUGUUACUUUUUAAAUUCAGUGAGUUUGAUGUUAUAUAGAUGUGUGACCAUUACAAUCUAUAUUUAAUAGAAGAUAUUGAACUCAAGAGCCAAAAAAUCUAAUUCCACAUCCUUAAUUAUUUCCUGUAUUUGAUGAACUUUUAAUGGUCAUAUAUUGUUUUGACAGAGCACAUUCCUCAUGACGUCUUCAUAUGUGAUUGAAGUAGAGCAGGCACUGCCGUUUCUGUUUAACAUCCUAAACGUACAGGUUUUCCAUGUUGCUGCAGUGAGUCUCAUAUGUUCAGAGAUAUCUCUGCAUCCAGCAGGCAGAGGCUGGACAGAUGCCGUCUUAGGGUGUUUAAGCUCCAGCCGUGUUUUUGUGAAGAACCUGGUUGUGUUGACAUGGCAACAGUCUGUCAUGGCUCCUCUGGGCUACCAUCCGUAUGCUCGGGUCCACACAGCUUUCUUCUUGAACUCAGCGGAGGACUUGAGGGCCAACAGGGCCGCUGAAACAACACCAUUACAUAAACCACUCGGAACAAAUCCACUUUAUAAUCAAACAAGGAGGUUUAAUUUCUGCCAAGAAUGUUGUUUGCUCUUGUUAAUGUAUCCAACUAUAAAGCAAGCUGUGUGUG